AUGGCCGGGCGGCUGGUGGAUCUGGCCACCAGUAGCCACAGCGCGUCCGGGCUGCAGGCCGCCUGCUUUGUGGUGGGCCUGGCCGGCGGGUGCGACCCCCCGGCUGGGCACCAGCAGACGCUGGCCUUCGCGGCGCUGCAGGCCGCAGCCGGUGGGCAUCUGGCCGGGCGGCGGGAGCCGCUGCGCCUGGGCGAGACCUUGUCCCUGGAGGUCGAGGGUCUUCCGGUGGAGCUGAGCCCGGUUGAGCUCCGCACGGCCGGCGGGGCCACUCGGUCCGGGUCGCUGGCCCCGGGCGCCGAGCUGCUUCUGAUCGCCGGCCCGACGGGGGGCCUGGCCCUGUCGCGUGCGCCGGUGGUGGCGGCACUUCCCUUCCUGGCGCAUGCCCCGGCCGACCCGGGCGAAGGGCCCUUUCACAUGGUCAGCCCCUGGCACUGGCCGGAGACCAGCCUCGACGUGCUGCUGGCGCCGGCUGGCGGGCCGGUGGCCCGGGCCCUGGCCGCCCGGCGGCCGGGCACCCCGGACGGGCGCCUCUACGCAUCGCACGCCGGGCGGGUGUAUGAAAUCCGCGUCUGCAUGGGGGGCUCGGUUGCCGGGCUGUCCUUGCGCAUGAGCGAGCGCCUGCUCCUCUCGCUGGGCCUGCAGGGCCGCCCGAUGGUGCUGGCCCCGUGCGCGGCGCCGCCGGACCUGGCCGUCGUGUGGCUGGAGACAGAUGCGCCCAUCCGGCAAAUCGACCGGGAGGCCGUCCUGUCGGCGGUGGCGGGCGCGCCGCUGCACGUGGACGAGGUGGUGCGCUUCGCGGGGCUACGCUUCUCGGCUCGGGUGGUCCGGCUGAUGGGUCGCGACUUGCGGCCCGUCUCCACCGGGGUGGCCGUGUACCCGGGGCCCGGGCACACCAUCCUCCAUGUGCAGACUCCGUGCGGGGACCCGGGCGACCUGCAUCAGCUGGUGACCCUGCAGCCGAGCGACCCCCGGCGGGAGGCGCUCCUGCUGGAGCCGAUGGUCCCGGACCGGGGGAUGGCCGCCACCGAGCAGACGCUACUCGUGUCGGCGGGGGUCUUUCGGCAGGUUGCCAGCUCGGAGGCCCUGUGCCAGGGGGUCGCGCGGUUCCUUUGUCGGGGGAUGCUGCUGGACGUGCGCCCCGGCGAUGGGAUGCGGCCAUAUGCCAUCGCCAUCCCGACGGGGGCACGACGGGCGCUGGGCCCGUUCGGGACCGCCCCGCUGGCAUUGACCCCGGCCCCGGCGGUGGCGGUGGCCGCGUCGGUCGAGGUGUCCUUCGGCCCCGAGGCCAUGCCGGCCGGGGGGCCACUGCCGGAUAUGCAUCGCUUGAGAGGGGACUUCCUGCGGGCGCACCGCCAGACGACCAUGCACUUGGGCCAGGCGCUGCCCUUCCGGUCGGGCGAUGUCGACCUGCUUGCCACCGUCCGGCGAGUUGUCUGGUCGGGCACGCCAGGGGUCGAUCGCCCGGUGGGGCUUCUGCCGGCCGAGGCCUCGGAUGGGUGUGCCUGCCUGCAGGUCACCGGCACGGGCCCCCCGGUGUCCGGCGGGCCGGAGUCGGGGAGCGGCCCGGCCGGGCCCGGUGUGCCGGCGGACGCCGCGCGCCGGUGGCUGCUGGUCGGGGACGCCGCCGCCGGCCCGGGGCUCCUCGGUCUGGAGGCCAGUGCCAGCCCGCCGGAGGGGCUGGCCCCCGGCCGGGCGUCCGUCAGCAUCGGCGACCACCGGCUCCUGUGCGCCCUGGCGGCCGGCGGGCCGGAUGUCUUCCUCCAGGUGAACGGCCACCUGCUGCUGGUUUAUCCGGACCCGCACCCGGGGGGCCGGUCGGCGGCCGGCAGUCGAAUUGUCCUCAGCCAGUGGGACUUUGGGUGUAUCUUCGGCCAGCAGCAGGUGCUCUGGGCCGCGGUCAGCAUGGCCCCGCCGGUGGUGGAUCUGGUGGAGGUGGACCUGUCCCCGGGGCCGGCUGCCGCUGGGCCCAUCUCCCACUCGGCCUUGGUGGCGUCCUUUCGCCAGGCGCUCCAGGGCACGGUCCUGUCCGUGGGUCAGGCGGUCGAGCUGCCGACGCCGGGCGCCACGCUUCCGGGCCACAUCUCCAGCCUGGUGGAUGGGGACCUGCGGCCACUGAAGGCCGGGCUCCUGGCCGCGGGGGACACCUUCGUCUAUAUGAACGCCCGGGGCGCGGGGUAUGGCGUGCUGGAUUGCCCGCUGUCGGCCCUGAUCCGGAUGCCACUGCUGGAUGCGUACAUUCGCCUGCCGGUAGCCGGCGCCCCGGACGUGGACAUGAGCCGGGUGAGCCUGCGGCGGCCGGACAUCCGGGUAUCGGCGCGGACGAUGGGCUCCCUGCGGGCGCACUUCCUCGAGGGCCGACGGCCGAUCUUCCUCAACGAGGACUAUCAGCUCCGCCCGGUGGAGGAUGGCCGGCUGAGGCUGCGGCACAAUCGCGUCCUCCUCGGGCAGGACCUCCUGCCCCCGGCCGGGCCCUACUCUUUGAUGGACACCGAGCCGCCGGAGGUGCUGUCGGUCACCUGCGAGGUGUUCCCGGAUGGGGCCGGCCCGCGCUCGGGGCUGGAUGUGCGGCUGCUGGAAGACGCGCUGCUGCGCGCCCUCCCGCCGGACAAUGUCAUCCGGGCGAAUGUGUACUCCGUCCUGCUGGACCCCCUGGACCGGUCCUCGCGGGUGGACAUUUCCGUCCUGUGGAUGGAGGGCGCGCGGAAGAACUCCUGCCAGCUGGCGGUCGUGGUGCCGGGGCUGACAUGGUUCACCUUCAGGCAGCCGCGCCGGGGCCCGGAGGCGCUCGCCUCGCCGGGCCCGCUCCUGGCCCCGGGCCAGCCGCACAAGCUGGUGGUCCGCUGCAAUCCCCGGUGGAUGGCCGUCCUCCGGGCGGAGUUCAUCCCCACCGGGACCUUGCUGUAUGGCGGGCUGAUGCUCCCGCGGGAUGUGUUCCAGUCGCUGGGGGAGGCCCUCGGGGAGGCCGCCCCGCCGGAGUGCAUGGCCCUUUGGUGCUGCUCGCGGGUGUUCCUGGCCCGGCUGGCCGACACGCACGACACGCCGGGGGUGGUGCGCCUGUCGGAGGACUUCCGGUCGCAUGUGCUGAGCUACCCGGACCUCGGGCCGUACAUCACGCACUACCACCAGCCGGAGGCCCUCCGCCUGAAGGUGGUGCACAUGCGGGUGGAAGCGACGGCCGCCGGCCGGGUGGCUGCCCCGGCGGAGGGGGGUCCGAGCCGGGACCAAUUGCAAGCGGCCCUGCCGGCGGCCUUCCCCGACGGGAGCAUGGUCCUGCUGGAGCGGCGCCCGGCGCCCGGGCUGCCGGUCACCCUCACGCCGGAGCUGCUGACCGAUGGCCAGGGCUGGCAGAUUUCGUGCGGCUUCUUCCACCCGGCCAAGACCCGCGUGCUCUUCUCCGGCCGCGGGGUGGCUGCCUCGUGGCGGCUGGCCGAGGGGGCCCGGGACCCGGCGGCCGGUCCACGCUGAGCGGCGGGCCUGCCGGGCGGCGGUGUCGAACUCCAGAAGGGCCAGAAUACAUGCAUUCCGCAGA